AUGGAGAAGGUGCUGAGCCUGGUUGAGGGCCUCAAUGCACGUGCUCAGGAGAUUUUCGACCGCCUGGAUGCCACAUGCGAUCACAUGGACACCCGACUGUCGGGCUUGGAGGGCCGGCUCUCACAUGCCGCCGAGCGAAUCGAGCGUGCCCGUGGCAGCACAGCAGCCCUAAAGGUGCAGAGCGCUCGGACCUUCCAAGGGCGUGGCGAACCAAGCCUGCAUGCAGCUCGGCGGGUGCUGGACGAGAACCUCCUCAUCUCCCUGCACUCCGCAACACCCCUCCCUGAGCUCCCUGAGGACCGAGAUCAGCCAGUGUCCGCCACAGCGGCAGCCGAAGACUUGGCUCGGGUGUACAAGUGUGUGAACCGCCACCGAAGCCUUGGGGCUCCUCAGGCAAGGGUCCAGGAGAAGCUACUGCCUGCCGAUCGCUUAAGCUCCGUCUCCGAGCUCUUCCUCUUGAACUCCUCAGAGCAGCCUUACAAGGUAAGACACGAGGUGGACAACUUGGCGGAGCCUGAGGACGAGGCCUUCUACCACGGUCAGCGUGAGGGUCGCGAGGGGCCCAAAGCCUCGGUAGAGCAGGUGGAUGACGUGGACUUGGAAGAGGACGAGCCGUUGAGGGAGCAUGAAGACUUGCGCUUCCGACCGCGGCCCGCCGCAGAAGUGACCUUCGACCUACCAGACGUGCUGCCGGACCUUGGGCACGUAGCCCACAUCGUCUGGCGCGAGGGCGAGCACUCCAGCGAGACCGCGCGGCCUGCAUGGGAUGCUCCUCCUCCUGAGCUGGGCCGCGCCUCUGUGGUUGCUCAGAAACCACGGCCACCCCCACCAGCACCCAGGCGCGCACCCCCAGCAGCACCAGUCAAGCCCAUCAUUGCACCCCAGCCGCUGCUCGCCCCCAGUGCGGCGCCUGCUGCCCCAAAGCCCCAGGUGCCCCAGGCAGCACCUCGCACUGCGCCUCCGUCGCAACCCACACCUGCACAGCCGGCACCGGCACAGACACCGCAGCCGUCCGCGACACCAGCUCCGGCGCCACCGAAGCCUGCUGCCAAAGGAAAGGGCCCAAAGGGCAAGGGCAAAGGAAAGGGACCGCCAGCGCCACCUCCACCGCCCGCGAAAAAAGCCCCGGCUGCUAAAGCACCAACACAGACAAAACAGGCGGCCGUGGGAAAAUCAGCCAUGUUCGCAGACAUCCGUGCUGGUGCAAAGCUGCGCAAAGUCGCGCCACCGAAGGAACGCUCCGGCGCAGCAGUUGGCCGCGUCGUCUAG